AUGUCCAGUUCCAAGACUGGCACAUCGGAAUCCUCACCGGCGGCUGAGCCAAGACCUCUCAUCAUCUUUGCCGAUGGCAGUUGGUGUGGUCGAGAGGCCAAUACUCGGUCCAACAUCUAUCUCUUAGCCAAGAUGGUUGGUAUUCAAAUAGAGGACGUCAACGAUACCGACAUCCACCGCCUACUAGUAGGCAGAACGGCUUGGUACAUCCACGGCGUUGGGCUAGGAAGCACGUUCCUUGACUACGUUUUUAAUGGAAUAACAGCUCAAGAUAUUGCCGACCAAUGUGUGAAAGCCUACAGAUUCAUCGUCGAUCAUUACAGCUACCCUGAUCGCCAAAUCUGGAUGUUUGGCCUCUCUAGAGGCGCAUACAUGGUGCGAUCCGUUGCCGGCAUGAUCAACAAUUGCGGCAUCGUCAAGCCCAUACUGAAGUCAGACGGCACCAUCGACUGCGCUGAGACGGAUAUUCUAUGCCGUCAAGUCUACAAAACCUACCGUUCCAAAGACCCAAUCAACAAACCGCACACGGACCAGUCUAGGCAAUUCCGUCAACAUGCAAGCUGGCCCUUGAUUGGUGACGAAGGAGACGGAGAGCCUCAACUACUACCGCCCGUGAAGUUCUUGGGCCUUUUCGACACUGUAGGCAGCCUUGGGAUUCCGGACUUUGUGGGUGGCGUCGGGCUAGACUGGCCUAGAUUUCAUGACCAGGAGGUUUCAACCGUCGUUGAGCUUGUAUAUCACGCCAUGUCCUUGCAUGAUAAUUUCUACAUCUUUCCUCCUUGUCUUGCUACAAGGAAUCGUCGUCACUCGGAGAGGCCAGAUGACUUUGGAAUUACCCAGAAAUGGUUCCCAGGCGUGCAUUAUGACUUGGGUCGGCAACGCUUCAAGUUCUUACGUAUGUUUGGUGGUGGGUGGUUAGAGCGAUUGUUGGCCAGAUGGAGCUGGGCGAGCAAUGUAAUCGAGCCAAAUGAAGUGCUUUCCGAUCUCGUGCUGAAGUGGAUGCUCGAGGCUAUCAAGGCAAACGAUCCAAGUGGGCAGGUCAUCUCAACUGAACGGAUUGACGAGGAGAUUGCGGCAGCGGACCAGAGAAUGGUCGCUGAUGACCGGCAGAUCGGUGAUGGGGAUGUAUACAAAAACAUUGUCGCAUAUGCCCCUUUUGGCAGCGCGAUUGUGGGCUUGUUGACGGGGCUUUUCGGCACAAGGUGGAAGACGGAUCAGCUUUAUCAGCUCUUCUUUGCGCUGCGGGAUCGCCUGAUUGCUGAUCCAGAUGCGCAUGUGUACGGAUACCUGGACACUGACGCUUCUAUUGUAGGAUCUGAUAACCAGAGGAUCGAAGAGUUGGCAGAGGUGACUCCGGCAAGAUACCCGUCGCAGACCUACCAAGCUUGGAGAUUAAAACGCAGAUUAUUAGGGCUUGAGGAUGAGUAG